CUCCGUCCCACCGCCCUUCCGUUUCCAGCGGAAGAGGCGAUGGCGGCCGCCCGGCUGCUGGCGGCGGCGCUGGGCGCGGCGCUGGGUCUCUUCGCCGCCGCGGGGAAGAUGAAGAUCGUGGAGGAGCCGAACACGUUCGGGUUGAAUAACCCGUUCUUGCCUCAGACAAACAGGCUGCAGCCAAAGGUGUCCCCGUCUGCCGUGUCGGGCCCUGCGCAUCUCUUUAGGCUUGCUGGCAAGUGUUUCAGUUUUGUGGAAUCCACGUACAAGUAUGAGUUUUGUCCUUUCCAUAAUGUCACUCAGCAUGAGCAGACUUUUCGAUGGAAUGCCUAUAGUGGGAUUUUAGGAAUCUGGCAUGAAUGGGAAAUUGAGAACAACACAUUUGUUGGGAUGUGGAUGAGGGAAGGAGAUUCCUGUGAAACUAAGAGCAGACAGACAAAGGUUCAUCUUGUUUGUGGAAAGAGCAAUAAAUUGGCUUAUGUAUCUGAGCCGAGUACUUGUGUUUACUCUCUGACAUUUGAGACUCCUCUCGUGUGCCAUCCUCACUCUCUUUUAGUUUAUCCGACUCUGACUGAAGCACUACAAAGGAAGUGGGAUGAAGCAGAGCAGCUUCUCUACGAUGAACUCAUAACUGACCAGGGAUACAAAAAAAUACUGAAAGAGAUUUUUGAGGAAGCAGGACUUCUAAAAGCAACAGAAGAAAAGGAAGUUGAGAAUAAGAAAAUAAGUCUGGAAUUUGAAACAGUGGAGAAGUGCAAUAAGGAAUACAAGCAACUUUCUAAAGAAAUAAAAAAACUUCAAGAUUUAUUAAGUCAGCACGGUAUUGCAUACAAAGGAAUUUCUGCUGAAAAUACCAGUGUUGAACAUCGAAGUCAAAAACUGGCAACUGCAGUGACAACUGUUCUUAAUGGGUCAAAGGAUGAUGAGCACCUGCAUGGCGAUACAGGAAUUUGGAAUGAGACCGUAUGAAGAAACCUGGGUGGUAAACAGCAGGUUCAUAUGGAAUGUCAAGCAAGUUGAACAUGUAUCGUGACACUAGGAUGAUUUACCUUCUCCGAGUAUUCUUUACUUUCUGAAUUUCUGCCCUAAAGCAAAGGGAACAUAAUGGAGCGAGGGCUCACCAUCACCAAGAACAGUUGGCUUGUUUCUGAGAAUGUUUGUAAAACUCCUUUGCUAAGGCCAGUAUUGGGUAUAGGUUUACAGAUUCUGCAUCUCCAGUCCCACCUCUGUUAUUUUCUUUGAUCAAGCAUGGUAACAGGUGGUGUAAAUAAAAAAUAGUUCAAGACCAA